AUGUCGUUUGGACGAGGAGCUCCGCGCGGUCGCGGCGGCGGUGGUUUCGGUGGUCGCGGCGGCGGAGGCCGUGGUGGAUUCCAGCAGAGAGACAUGGGCCCGCCCGCGACGAUUCUUGAGAUGGGCAAGUUCAUGCACGCGUGCGAAGGCGAGAUGGUCUGCGAGAGCAUCAACCCCAAGGUUCCUCACUUCAACGCUCAGAUUUUCCUCGAGAACAAGACGGCUGUAGGCAAAGUGGAUGAGGUCCUCGGCCCCAUCAACCAGGUCUACUUCACGAUUAAGCCUUCCGAAGGCAUUCAGGCCACCUCCUUCAAGGAGGGCGACAAGUUUUACAUCGGAUCCGAGAAGCUCCUACCGCUGGACAAGUUCCUUCCCAAGCCCAAGCCUCCCCCAGGUGCCCCGAAGUUGAAGCGUGCAGGCCGUGGUGGCGCUGGCGGCAGAGGCCGCGGCGGUCCUGCUUUUGGCGGACGCGGCGGUGGCAGAGGACGCGGAGGCCCGUCAAGAGGCGGACGCGGCGGCAGCGGCUUCGGAGGUCGCGGAGGCGGCGGCUUCGGUGGCCGUGGAGGAACACCGAGAGGCGGUGGCGGCUUCGGUGGUGGUCGCGGCCGUGGAGGUUUCAGCAGAGGACGUCUCUACCAGGUACUAAUGUUCGCCGGUCUCUCGCAGGCCAUCGCUCCCGCUCUGGAAAUUGCGGACACGCUCACCGACAUGACGACAGGUCAGCAUUCGUGGCUUACAGCAGCUUAUACCCUGCCCCUGGGCGUCCUCGCUCUGCCCUCAGCCCGUUUGGGAGACAUAUUCGGGCACAAACGCACUGCGAUAUAUGGAUGUCUCUGGUUCGCUGUCUGGUGUCUCCUCGCUGGGCUUUCUCUCGGCGUACAAAAGGGCGGCUAUAACGGCGCCGUAUACAUGUGCAUUUGCCGUGCUAUGCAGGGCAUUGGCCCAGCCCUUUCCGUGCCCAACGGCUUCUCCAUCCUCGAAGCAUCUUUUCCGUCUGGCCAAAGAAAAGACACGGCGUUGUCACUGUACAGUGCCGCCGCGCCUUUCGGUUUCGUCAUCGGCGCCGUAAUGUCAUCUCUAUUCGCUGUCAACACCGCAUGGGAAUGGUCCUUCUUCGUACUCUCUGCCGUCUGCGUCUCUGCCGCUGGGCUCAGCGCUCUUGUUCUUCCACGCCGGGACCCCCGCAAGCUACGUUCCGGGAACAGCAUCUGGAUGAAACUCGACAUUUCAGGCAUCCUGCUCGGCGCCACGGGCCUUGUCCUUUUCAGUUUCGCGUGGAACCAGGCUCCAGAGGUGGGCUGGCGGACGCCGUACACCUACUUUCUCCUCCUCAUCGGGAUAUUGUUCAUCGCAGCUUUCUUCUAUAAUGAGACCGCCGUGACAAAUCCUUUGUUGCCCGUGCGAAUGAUGAACUCGUCAACGAACCUGGUUCUGGGCUGCAUAGCCGCCGGCUGGGGAUGUUUCAUCAUCUGGGCUUUUUACAGCUUUCAGUUCGUGGAGAUAUUGCGCGACUGGGACUGCCUCCUCGCGAGCGCAGGUUUCGUACCACUCGCUAUCGUGGGUAUCGCGGCGGCUGUGCUGUUGGCUUAUCUCCUGUCCGGCGUGGAGGUAUACUGGGCCUUCGUCGGAUCCUUGAUGGCUUUCCUAUUGGCGUCCGUGUUGAUGGCAACAAGCCCGACGAGUCAGACGUACUGGGCAAACACGUUUGUUAGCAACUUGCUGGCGCCCCUUGGCAUGAAGAAUACCAAGGCAUCGCCAGUAGCUUGGUCUUAA